AUGGCCUCAGAUAAAUCUACUCACAUCGCUCACUUGCCGCGCAGAAACUUGACUGCGCUGCAGAAUGGAGGCCCUACUGCCAGCAAAGCUGACUCUGAUGAAACAAUUGCCCCGAUGCCUGGCAAGCAGGCUCCUGUCAUCCUCAGCAUCGAAAUUUCUGCCACGGACCAACCCAUGGUUGAUGCUGGCAUAGAAGAUGACAGUGACGAUGAAAGGGCCAACCGAAGUGAUGACGAGGACGCCAGCCGCCUGGUACAGAACGAGCCCCGCAAGCCUCAUAAGAUCAGUCAGAAGAAGAAGAUCGAACAAGCAAGUUUCGGCGUUUGGCUGGAAGAGAACAGGAGCAGGCUGUCGAAGAAGCCAGAGAACCGUGUCACUGAAAACGAUCAAUCCAUCGGAUAUCUGGUCAAGACCUGGGAGGGCCAAAAGAUCAUCAACAAUCCUCGUGACUACCAGAUGGAGCUGUUUGAGCGAGCCAAAGAGAAAAACACAAUUGCUGUCCUAGACACCGGAUCUGGGAAGACUCUCAUAGCGGUGCUCCUCCUCCAGCACAUCAUCGAAAAGGAGCUCGGGGACCGAGAGCGAGGCCUUCCCCGGCGGCUGUCGUUCUUCCUCGUUGACAAGGUUGCUCUCGUCUACCAGCAGCAUGCAGUCCUCGACUGCAAUCUUGGCCAUUCGGUGGCUGCCUUCUCUGGAGAUUCAGUCCGAUCCUUGUGGAACAAGUCGUUCUGGGAUCAGCAAUUUGCAAAACACGAAGUCAUUGUGUGCACGGCCGAGAUAUUAAACAAAUGCCUGCAGUCUGCCUACAUCCGGAUCGACCAGAUCAACCUGCUCAUUUUCGACGAGGCUCACCACACCAAGAAGAAUCACCCCUACGCCCGUAUAAUCAAAGAUUAUUAUGCUAAGCAAGAGGGGAAUGGUGCUCGGCUACCCCGUAUCUUCGGCAUGACCGCCUCGCCUGUCGAUGCCCAGAUCGACGUCCGACUAGCAGCUGUGGAGCUCGAAGGUCUCUUGCACAGCCAGAUUGCGACGACUGCAGACCCAAAGGCCCUACAAACAACUGUUUCAAAGCCCAAGAAAGAAGUUCUGGCCACAUAUUCUCAUUUGAUCCAGCCUCCUGAAACAGGACUCACCGCAAAACUGAGGGUUGCGGUUGGAAGCAACAAAUACCUCUCGAAGGCCUUCGCCUUCUCGAAGUUCGCCUCUAGAGAGCUUGGAGCUUGGUUCGUGGACAGAAACUGGCAGCUCAUUUUCCAGGAAGAUGAGCUCUUCAAGCUUGAGGCCAAGACAGAGAAAGGUUUCGCCAACAACAUGGCUUCGGUUGACGCAGUGGACAAGCAGAAGAAAGGCAUCCAUUCUGCUCGACAGCUGAUCCAAAACCACCAAUUCAUGGAACCGGAGGAAUUUCUGCUUUCAUCGAAAGUGCACCUUCUUCUAAGGCUUUUGACGGAGCACUUCAACAAUGACAAAGACAGGGUCCGAUGUAUCGUCUUCGUCGAACAGCGUUGGACUGCCAAGCUUUUGGCAGACCUACUUCAGCAAGAAGGCGUAAUCAGAAUCCCUGGGCUUAAAGUUGGAGUUCUCAUGGGCGCGAACCAAGACGACAACUGUUCGUCGACAUCCUUCCGCCAACAACUUAUGACAAUUAUCAAGUUCAAGGACGGCGAGCUGAACUGCAUUUUUGCGACUUCAGUCGCCGAGGAGGGCCUCGACAUUCCGGACUGCAACCUGAUUAUUCGCUUUGAUCUCUACAAGACCAUGAUACAGUACAUACAAUCACGAGGUCGAGCUAGACAGGCCCAAUCUACUUAUAUCCACAUGAUUGAGGAGGGCAACGGUGAUCAUCGUCGUAGGAUCUACCAGAACACCGCCAACGAGAACCUUUUGCGGGAGUUCUGCAGCUCGCUUCCUGAGGACAGGCAACUCAAAGGGAGCGACUUUGACAUGGACUAUCAUCUCCGAAAAGAACGAACUCAACGAAGGUAUACAGUCGAAUCCAGCGGAGCAACGAUCACGUACAAGAACAGCUUGUCCAUCCUUGGAGACUAUCUCAAUUCGCUUCGAAACCAAGACGACUUCACCGAGGACAUGGGACUGGUCGCUGAUUACCACAUCAUGCCCACCCAAGGAGGUUUCAUCUGUGAGUUGGUGAUGCCUAUCGCCUCUCCAGUGUCCGGCGCAACAGGAAAGGCCCACUUGACGAAGCAGGCCGCCAAGUGUUCUGCGGCAUUUGAGGUUUGCCUGAAGCUACACUACAGGAAAUUUCUCGACGAGAACUUGCGUUCGACCCUUGUUGAGAGACGCAAUAAGAUGGCCAAUGCCCGCCUAGCGGUGUCAUCGAAGAAGAAGGCAAAGUACGACAUGCGCCUGAAACCAAAAUUAUGGGAUGAGCUCGGUCCAGUCCAGGAGCUAUAUGCGACUGUUCUAAUCCUCUCGAAGCCUACUGCCCUGGAACGACCAUCCCGGCCUCUUCUGGUCCUGACGAGGACCAAGCUCCCUCAAAUGAAGCCAUUUCCCCUCUACUUUGGGCCGCCUGGAUCGAAGGGAAUGUCUUCAAAUGCUGCCUGUCAGGUUUUGAAUGCUCAUAUCGCACCAUCAGAGGAAGACCUUCAGCUCCUCACCAGAUUUACUCUGAAGAUCUUCCUGGACCUUUUCAACAAGAAGUACGUGGCAAGCACAGAGGACAUGCCGUACCUUUUUGCGCCAACAAUUGGAGAUCACAGGUUCUCCUUCUCGGAACUCUCUGAUCUACGCCAGGCGAUCGACUGGUGCGUUUUGCGCCAAGUCUCAGGCACUGAUGCCAUACCCUACACGGGCCAAGAGCCAGAUGACUUCUACGUGGACAAAUUCAUUGUCGAUCCCCACGACGGUUCACGCAGAUUCUGGCUACGUGGUGUUCGAAAGGAUCUCACAUCCCGAAGCCCAGUUCCCAGUGAUGUUGAUCAUGUUCCAGGGUAUCGACAGUGGAAGCGUGGCGAAGUUGCGCACGAUAUUCUGAAUUGGACUGUGACUUCCUGGAAGGCCACCCGCGAGGCUCGAGAAAUGACGUGGAAGGAGGACCAGCCAGUCGUCGUGGGCAAAUUUGCGUCUUUGCGCCGGGACUUUCUCUCCGAAAUGGAGGAUGACCGCAAGAACCCGUUCUGCUACUUCGUUCUCGAACCGCUGAGGAUUUCGCCAAUUCCUGUGCAUGUGGUCACCAUGGCUUAUCUCAUCCCGUCCAUUAUUCAUCGGAUUGAGCAGAAUCUUAUUGCGUUAGACGCGUGCAAAAUGCUUGACCUUACCAUCCAGCCGGACCUGGCCCUCGAGGCACUCACUAAAGACAGUGAGAACCAGUCUGAAGAUGAUGGGAGAGAAUCACUGGAGAAGUUUGAGCCAAUCAACUUCCAACCAGGAAUGGGCAACAAUUAUGAACGACUGGAAUUCUUAGGUGAUUCCUUCUUGAAGCUGGCGACCACCAUAUCUGUCUUCACGCUCAUACCCAACAAAGACGAAUUCGACUAUCAUGUUGAGCGGAUGGUCAUGAUCUGCAACCAGAACCUCUUUGGAAAUGCACGCAGUGACUGGCUGAAGUUGGAAGAAUACAUUCGGUCCAAGGCCUUUUCGCGCGCAACAUGGUAUCCCAACUUGAGCCUGGAAUUCGGAAAGAAGCACCAGAGGACCUUGAAGAACAUGGACUCCCACCAGCUUGCCGACAAAUCUAUUGCCGAUGUCUGUGAGGCCCUCAUUGGCGCCGCAUACAUGAGCACUCGAAAGGAGAACGACUAUACCAUGGCAAUUCAAGCAGUGACUCGACUCACCGGCCACAAACAUCAUCCAAUGAUGAAGUGGGAAGAUUAUUACGCCGCAUACCACAAACCGACGUGGCAAAUCACCGCCGCCAGUGCUGCCGAGCUGGAUAUGGCCAAGAAAAUCGAAGCAGUCACGCAUUACAAGUUCAAUUACCCCCGUUUGCUCCGGUCUGCGUUUGUGCAUCCUUCGCGCCCCUACUCCUUUACUAAAGUACCAAACUACCAGCGUUUGGAGUUCCUAGGCGAUGCCCUGCUCGACAUGGUUUGCGUUGAUUUUCUCUUCCACAUCGCGCCCGACAAGGGUCCACAGUGGUUGACAGAACACAAGAUGGCCAUGGUCUCGAACCAGUUUCUCGGUUGUCUUGCAGUCGAGCUGGGCUUCCACAAGUAUCUGCUUCAUAACGGCGUACUUGGCCAAUCAAUCAUGGAGUAUGUCGCGGCCAUAAACGAUGCACGCCGCACGGCCGAGGAUGCAGCCGAGGCAGCGGGCAGACCUCGCUCGCACUUUUCACGCGACUACUGGAUCGAGGCUCGACAGCCCCCAAAAUGCAUUCCGGAUGUUUUAGAGGCAUAUGUCGGCGCAAUGUUCGUCGACUCUGAGUAUGACUACACUACGGUCCAGCGGUUUUUCAGAAACUAUUUUCAGCCAUACUUCGCAGACAUGCGGAUCUACGACACCUUCGCCAACAAGCAUCCUGUGACCUUUUGCACACAGUUCAUUUACGAAAAGUAUGGCUGCCAUGCUUACGGGUUGCGUUCGGAGGAGAUUCAGGUCACUGAUGACGAGGGUGUUUGGACCGGCUCGACCAAAGUUGCGGCCGGUAUUCUUAUUCAUGGCAAAGUUGUGGACGGCGCGGUCCGAGAGAGCGGGGGAUAUGCAAAGGUGGCCGCCGCAAGGCUGGCAUUGCAAAAGCUGACGAAGAUGACCAAGGAGCAGUUCUUGCAGGAGUACAGGUGUGACUGCAAGCCUGGCGAGGCGAUCACGAAUAUUGCUGAGAGUGCAACGGCGAUUUGA